AUGAAGAUUCUCAUCUUCCUUGCUUUCCUGGGAGCUGCUGUUGCUCUACCCAUUGAUGAUUAUGAUGACAAGAUUGUUGGGGGCUACACUUGUCAGAAGAAUCCCUUCCCCUACCGGUUGUCCCUGAAUGUUGGCUACCACCUAUAUGGGGGAUCCUUCAUCAACAGCCAGUGGGUACAUUCAGCAGCUCACUGCUGCAAAUCCCAGCUACAGAUACGUCUGGGAGAACACAACACUGAUGUCACUGAGGGUAAUGAGCAGUUUAUCAAUGCGGCCAAAAUCAUCAAACACCCCAAAUACAACAAAUUCACCUAUGAUAAUGACAUCAUGCUGAUUAAACUGAAGUCAACUGCCACAAUCAACUCUCGAGUGUCUACUGUCUCCCUGCCAAAGUCAUGUCCAUUUGCUGGUACUCAGAGUCUCGUGUCUGGCUGGGACAACACUGUGAGCAGUGGCACCAAAAAUCCUUCACUUCUUCAGUGUCUGGAUGCUCCCGUCCUGUCUGACUCUUCAUGCAAAACUUCCUACCCAGGCAAAAUCACUAGCAACAUGUUCUGCCUAGGCUUCCAGGCGGGUGGCAAGGAUUCUUGCCAGGGUGAUUCUGGUGGCCCUGUGGUCUGCAAUGGACAGCUGCAGGGCAUUGUUUCCUGGGGUGAUGUCUGUGCUCUGAACGGAAAACCAGGUGUCUACACAAAAGUGUGCAAUUACCUGGACUGGAUUCAGCAGACCAUUGCUGCCAACUGA